AUGCAUGAUGUCAUCUUGAUCCGAUCAUCAUUGAUCGGAUUACAUCCUUUCGACCUGCCGAGCAACUUCAAAACGUCGUCGCAGCCCUCUGCUUCCACUAGCCGUUCCGGGGGCGAGGAAUACGAAAUGAGAAGCACUGCUGGGUCUUCUAAGCCGCACGACUAUACGGAGGGAGCCUCAGCAAUAGACAUCGACACGGUCAUUACGAACAACCGCCGUUCGCGACACGACUCGCAGUUCAGCUCGCUCUAUGACCAGGAUGGAGAAGGGUCCAUGUUCAGUGGACCAGGGCAUGUAGCCAAUCCAAGCAGUGUAUCUCGGAUGUCAAACUUGGACCCUGCGCGGCGUAGUACUGGAAGCUUUCGACGUAAGAGCUUUGACUCGGUUCGUGGGCGACCCAGUCGUAGGAAUAGCACCGAUACCCAGCUAUCAAGGCAAAGUACAGAUGUUGAAGAGUAUCCUGAGAGUGAACAAGACUCGCCAUUGCGACCACAAAGGGAAGACACGUCAUCUCCUUCUCGCUCCGGUGUUUUCGAUAACAUUGCGAGUUUAUUCUCCCGCCCGGCCCACAACGAACCGACCACCAGCCGUCGUCGCCAUUCCUUGUCACACAGAUCCUCCGGGUCCAUAAGCAGAUACUCCAGAAGAAGCAGGCACUCUCGCGCUGGUUCAGAACUCGACGAUGACGAUGUGGGUAGUGAAGAACGCUGGGGUUAUUCCGAAGGAGAGGACAUUUCAGACGACGAUUCACGCUCUGUCGACACUGGUCUAUCAAUACCAGCCAGUAUGCAAUAUGACUCUGGUCCACCUUCGCCCAACACUGGUCAAGGCCUACCACUGUUAGCAUCUGAUCAGAUUUUUGCUGGCGAAACGCGAAUAGACAUGGACAUGUCAUUCACGCUGCUUGAUCAGCCUCCUCCUGGCCUCCCCAGCCGACAAACGCUAUAUAUCCCAGACGAAGACAACACUAUUCGUUUCGUUGGUUAUGAAAUUAUUCGAUGGCGGCAUUGGGCCUGGCGAUUUGGCUGCAUUGUUACCAUCGGAGCGCUCGGUUUGUUGGGACACUGGUUCCCGCGGCUAUGGCUGGGUUGGGUAGCUAGGGAAAGGGCAUUCAAAGAAGCACACAAUGGCUUUGUAGUGGUCGAGUCAGCACACCGAGACAUAACAUUAUUUCGCAUUCAGGCUUUGAAGUAUCCAUACCCAAUUUCAAGCGUCUUCCGGCCUACAAUAGACUCUUCUGACACGGAACAACUGGACCAUCUAACAAUUGUUGACUAUCGUUAUAACCGCUUUGCACUGGAUCCCAGGACCGGACUUUUUAGCAUUAUCCGUGAUUGGCGCGAUCCCUCUUCCAAUGCUCCUACACGGGGCAUCGAAAGCUCUGUCCGCCAACAACGAUUAACACUAUUCGGCAAGAAUGAGGUUGAUAUAGAGGGAAAAUCGACUAUCGCUUUGCUUAUUGACGAGGUCAUACAUCCUUUCUACGUUUUCCAAAUCGCAAGCAUAUUGCUCUGGUCUUUGGACAAUUACUUUUACUAUGCUUUUUGCAUCUUCCUGAUUUCGGUGAUCUCGAUAACAACCACAUUAGUCGAAACAAAAAAGACAAUUUCUCGUAUGAGAGAAAUGUCCCGUUUUUCUUGCGACGUGGAAGUUUUCCUCGAUGGGCAAUGGGCGACCCGAGACUCUUCUCAACUCGUGCCUGGGGAUGUAGUCAACAUUUCAGGCUCUCAACUCUCCCUUAUACCAGCGGACAUGUUCCUCCUCUCCGGAGACGCGAUUGUCAAUGAAAGCAUGCUGACUGGAGAGAGUGUACCCGUAAGUAAGGUACCUGCUAAGGAGGAGGAUCUUGCUCGAUGGCGGGACGGCAAAAGUGAGGGCCCAAAAUGCUUUCUAUAUGCUGGUACACGUGUUGUUCGGAUUCGAGGAACCUUUUCGUCUGACAAUAGUUUAACCCAACCCGCGCUCGCAUUGGUAGCCAGAACAGGCUUCAAUACGACAAAGGGAGCCUUGAUACGGUCGAUGCUGUAUCCGAAGCCAAUCGGGUUCAAGUUCUACCGAGACUCUGUCAGAUUUAUUGGGGUGUUGGCAGGAAUUGCGGGCCUUGGUUUUUGCUUUAGCGCUGUGCAAUUCGUACGAAUCGGGAUCCAAUGGCAAACGAUCAUUAUCCGUGCCCUCGAUCUAAUCACAGUUGUCGUUCCACCAGCACUACCGGCCACACUCUCGAUUGGUACCAGUUUUGCGAUUGGGCGUUUGCGGAAGAACGGAGUAUUUUGCAUUUCCCCAAGUCGCGUCAACGUAGGCGGGAAGGUCAAUGUUUGCUGCUUCGACAAGACGGGUACAUUGACCGAGGAUGGUCUCGAUAUUCUCGGCGUGCGUUCGCUGGAUCGCCAUGAACCGCGAUUUGGGGAGCUGUUGGAGGAUAUCCACGACUUGCCCUUGGGCACUAAUAAAGCCACAUUUCUUCAUGCUUUAGCAACUUGCCACUCUCUGAAGAUGGUUGACGGCCAAGUUAUCGGUGACCCUUUGGAUGUCAAGAUGUUCGAGUUUACCCGAUGGACGUUGGAAGAAGGGAGAAUCUCCGGAACAGGCGCCAUCAAAGCAAAAUCUGGGACCAUCAUCGAGCAAACAGCGCUGGUCCAGACUGUCGUUAGGCCGCCAGGAAGCGCUCAGUUCAAGUUGGAGGAUGCGUUGAAAGGCGCUGCCAAGCAUGCACACUUUCUGGAACUCGGCGUCAUAAGAACCUUUGACUUUAUCUCCGCUUUGCGCCGAAUGAGUGUAGUGGUGAAGCGGCUGAAGAGUUCAAGUAUGGAGAUCUAUGUGAAAGGUGCUCCUGAGGUCAUGACAGAGAUCUGUGAUCCCGAGAGUCGUGAGUUCCUUCAAUCCCUCAAGACUAUGAUGACAUCUUAUCAUACUACACCAAACGCGGAUACAGAGUCAUCGCAAUUGCAGGGGAAAAGUAUCGAGGGCUUAUCCUGGCUCAAAGCCCAACGAAUGAAACGAGAACAAGCCGAAUCAGGUCUACGCUUCUUGGGGCUUGUUAUCUUCGAGAACAAGCUCAAGCCUGGAACUGCCCUUGCUAUUGCGGCUCUGCGUUCAGCUCAUCUUGCGUGCAGAAUGAUCACUGGCGAUAACCCCCUCACUGCUGUAAGUGUUGCAAGGGAGUGCGGGUUGAUCAAUCCCGCUGCUCAUGUUUUUGCGCCAGUAUUCAUUCAAGGCAACGAGACCACACCAGCAUCGAUAGUAGAGUGGUCUUCGAUGGACGAGCCUACCUGGAAAUUGGAUGAGUAUACUCUCAAGCCGUUAACCGCUCCAUUGCAUACCAUUGAGGACGACGAACUCGACUAUUCGCUAGUCAUCAGCGGAGACAUCUUUCGAUGGUUCAUCAGCUAUGCGCCGUUGGAGACGUUACAAAGGAUGCUUGUCAAAACUCAGAUAUUCGCGCGAAUGUCACCAGACGAGAAAAACGAGGUGGUGGAACGGUUGCAAGCCCUGGGUUACACUGUGCUUAUGUGUGGGGAUGGUGCCAACGACUGUGCUGCUCUCAAGGCUGCUGAUGUCGGAAUAUCACUCUCGGAGGCUGAGGCGAGUGUUGCUGCCCCGUUCACCUCCAAUACGCCAGAUAUUGGUUGUGUUCUUGAGCUGAUAAGAGAGGGUCGAGCUGCGUUGGUAACGAGCUUUAGCUGCUUCAAAUAUAUGCAGGUAUCCGUUUUUCCGUCUGGGCAAUGCUCAUUCCGAUGCAGGGCGCUCUACUCGAUGAUUCAGUUUACGACCGUCACGCUCUUAUACUCGUUUGCAUCAUCUUUGGGUGAUUUCCAGGCAAGUUCUCCCGAGUCCCGAUCUCCAGCGUACCAACUGAGGGUGUUGAUGGUAGUUUCUUUAUAUCGACUUGUUCGUUAUCAUCCCGGUUGCGGUGACCAUGGGCCGAACACUCCCGUACCCAAAAAUCCAUCCAAAACGGCCCACUGCGAGUCUCGUUUCGAAGAAGGUGCUUGCGAGUUUGAUUGGACAAAUCGCGAUCACGAGUGGGAUCCAAAUAUGGGGUUAUUUUUGGGUGAGGGGACAGUCCUGGUGAGUCGACGCGUGCGGUAUACCCCGCCACCAGAGCCUGAUCCGACAUCAGAAAGUCACCAGCUUGAGUCGACCAAUUUCGAGAACACGACGCUGUUUUUGUUGUCUUGCUUCCAGUAUGUGCUUGUGGCGGCUGUCUUCAGUAUCGGACCGCCUUAUCGCAAGUCAAUGUGGACGAAUGGCUGGCUGAUGGGUUCGCUCGGCGCAUUGACUGCGCUCAACACGCUCGUCUUGCUGGCUCCUCCUGUUGGCAUUGCGGAUCUGCUUUCAUUGAUGCCCCUUCCUUUCCAAGCCCGAAGUGUUUUACUUUAUGCGUCAGUGGCAAAUGCGGUGUUGAGCUUGGUGUUUGAGAAUUAUCUGGCCGGGAUGUUGGCAGCAACUGCUGGGAGGAUUGGGAAGAUUUCACGGCACUGGGGACAUGGACGGAGUGGUUACAAGUCUUUGUUGUUACAGGAUGGGCCUCGACCGGCCGGCUGA